GGUGCUAUGGUCAGUGUUCCCUGAUCGUUUCACAAUAUCUUAUCGUGUCUGUACGCUUCAUUAGAAACCCCGGGCAGUUUCCAUGUUAUUUCAGAGGUGUGUUCAGUGGCUGCCUGCGAGAGGGCUGACAGCGACAAUGUUACAACAAUCUCCAUGGUGACCGGGGCUUUGCUACAACACUGGAAGGAGUAAUUUAGGGCAGGGGUUAUGUGUUACUCAGAGCAAACCAAACAUUGGGGACCAGAUGCUUUCUUCUCCAUUGAGUGUUGCUUUUGUUUUGUUUCAAAAUUGAGUAAAAUCCAAAUUAUAUCCCAUCACCAUUCCGGAAAUGUUUUUAUCUUAAGACCCAAGAAAUCGCUUUCUCUUUCUUCCCGGUAUUUUGUUUUGUCAAGUUAAUGGCCUGCUGCAAAUAAAUCUCUUAUAUGGGGUGAGCACGUUGGACUGCGUUAGUUUCAUUGGUGUAGCGCCCGAUGAAGACGAGCCUGGAGCAACCUGUAGUCCGUUCCAGGUCCGGGAGAAUACCUGAAGCUCGACACUUCUGCACCCCCAUAACGGAUCAUGGCGAAGCGGCAAGUGGAGAGUCACACGAUGUCUGGUGUAGUGACAAGUCACUCGAUCUUUGCAGGAAAGAUGUAACGUGCCUCAGGUGUGACAUGCCAAGAUAUAUCGAGCAUCUGUAUCUGGAGGGCAACCUGCUUCAGGAGUUGCCAGGUGAAUUGUUUGAGCAUCUGCCACAGCUGGUGUGGUUGGACUUGAGAAAAAAUAGACUGCAGAAGCUACCUGCGAGAAUUGGAACUCACAGAUGUCUUAGAACACUUUUGUUGGAGACAAACCCUCUCAUAGAGUUACCACUUGAACUAGGAAAUGUAUUAUCCCUUAAAGCACUUAAUCUGAGGAAUUGUCCACUGCAGUUUCCACCUUUGGAUAUAGUACAUUUAGGCACCCAAAUUAUUCUUUCAUUUCUCCGACAGCAGGCUGCUCAGUUUGUUUCUGAAAAUCAAAAUCAAGAAACAGAUCCAAUUCAUCCCAUUAAAAUGGUAAAGCAGCCCCUUAAGAUAAUAACGAUAAAAGAUUCACUGGAGAAUUGCUCUGUAAAGCAGAGUGAAGAAAAGCUUCAAAAAGCAAUAGAACCUCUAAUGACAGUGCAGGGCUGUACAUUUUGUUGCAAGCCACUACCCAAGCCUGUGCUCUGCGGCAAAACGAAUAUGAACAGAAAUAAUUUUUCACAAAGACACAGCAAUGACAGAAAGCAAGACUUUGAAAUAAAAGCAAAGAUCAAGGGUCAAAACGGCACUUUACAACAGAGGAGAAAAGUUGCAGGAAAAAUGUUUCCAGUCCUACCUAAAUUAGUGGAAGACCAAAAUUAUCCACAGAAAAUACAAAGGAAGAAGAAAGAAUUGAAGAAUCCGAAUAUACAGCGUGAUAAGGAAGAAUUUGAGCAACUACCAUUGCAAAAGAAUGAAGACAAAUUGAAGUCUGAUAUGGAAGAAAAUAUUCAGAAAAACCCUGACGAAGAAAAAGUAAAAGAACCGAAGAUUUCUAGGAGGCAAGAUUUUGAACUGAAACUGCAACAUCGUAUCCAACAGCAUCAGCAGCUACGAAAGAAGAGAAAACGGGCAAAAAAAGCAGUCUCACUUGAGGAUGCAAGUGCUGAAGUUGAGAAUUUGAGGAAAGCACUGUCGAGGUUGAAAAUGGAAAGGCAGAGUCCCAUGGAGUAUCGACUGUGUGCUUUCAUUGGAGAAUAUCAGUCUUGAUUAUCUUGUCCUGUUUCUUCCUCACAAAGUGCUAUGAUGUUUUGAAAAGCAAAUGUUGUAGUCUAUGGAUGAUUAUCUGAGAUCAAGUUUCAUCUCUAUAAAGGUCAAAAAUUCAAUGUUUUACCAGUCAAAUCCAUUAAAAAGAGAUUUUUUUCACAGUCUUAUAUUUACUAUUCCUGUUCAGAUUCAUAUAUGGGUUGUUAAAAGCAUAUAUAAAAGUUGAAUGUGGUUUUUCUCUAGGAGUUUGUUGCCAGUGUCUUAAUUUGCACCAGGUCCUCAUUCCCCUACUGUUCUUGCUGUCCCUGAUGUACAUUGGCCUCCAGCCAAGCAACAUCUUGAUUCCAAAAUUCUCAUCCUUGUUUUCAAAUCCCUUCAUGGUCUGCCCCACUCUCCACCUAUUUAAUCCCCUCCAGCUCCACACCCCUCUUCAGAUCUCAGCGCUCUUUCUAGUCUGUCAUGCAUCCCUGAGUUUAAUUAUUCCACUGUCAGUGCCCUCAAUCAUUUAGAUACCAAGCUUUGGAAUGCUCUCCUUACAUUUCUGUACCUCGUUUUUCUUUAAAACAAUCCACAAACCUUACCUCUGACCAAUCUUUCAGUCAUUUGCCACAGUAAUGCCCAUGUCUUCACUGUCAUUUAGUUUUGUAAAUGCUCCAAUUAAAUUCUUGGUGUUGUAGAAGAUAAUGGUUGUGAAAGAGCUUUCGUUGAAGUUGUAUUAAGUUUCAUCCAAUCUAAUGAUGUCACACGGUUUUUAAUGAAGAAAAGUCAGUCUACUGCAAGGUAAGGGACACAGUUGUGCCAUUUCUGGCUCUUGAUGGGCAUUGUUUCAAAGACUAACUAAUUAAUGUAACUUGCCCUUAUUGCUACCAUACAAUAAAC